AUGACUCGGUCCUCUAGAUUCCUUGGAACCGCAUCGCCACCACCGCCGGAAGAAAUCCUCGCCGCAGAGACCGACAUGGUUGUGAUUCUCUCAG